AUCAAAUGCAUUUGACAUCUGCUUGAGCAGUGAAAAGCCGGGAAAAGUUUGUUUUGAUUAAGUUGCCACAGCCGAAACCGAAACGACCACGAGGCUUUCCCGGAGGGCUUAUCCUGCGUGUCCCCGAUAGUGCUUGUUGCUUUUCUGUUUGUGCGUGGAUCCAGCCGUGCUACGAUGGCACAAAACUCGGACGCCGUGAAGCAGGCGAUGUUUGAGGAGCUGCAGAAGGUAUUGCACCCGGAUUCGGAGCAGCGAAAAUCGGCCGAAGCACGGUUGGGGCAGCUAAAGUUUACCGAAUGGUAUGGAGUGAUUUUGGCCGAGUUUACUGUCGCACAGCAGAUACACAUCGGCAUACGGCAGCUGGCCUCGGUAAUGCUGAAACAGUACGUGAACGAUUGCUGGGCCGAUGGAGGUGACGUUGAUGAGGUCGGAGAUGUGGCUGUGGGCGAUGGGGCCGGUGCCACACCGGCACUGCUCGUAAACGAUGAGGCCAAGCGCCGGAUAAAACAGAUCCUGCCGGAAGGUUUGUACGAUGAAAAUAGCAAGAUUCGAUCGGUCGUCGCCUACUGCAUAGCCAACAUCGCACUGUACGAUUGGCCCGGCGACUGGCAGGAGCUGUUCGACGUGAUUGUCAAAUGUUUAAGCGGCACGGAAAACUCGGUCGACGGUGCGAUGAAGGUGCUGGCCGAGUUUACGCUCGAGCUCGAUCGCCAGGUGGGCGAAGUGGCACCGCUCAUCCUGUCCGAGGUGUAUCGCAUUUUUACCGCCGCCAACCAGUACAACGUCACGGCGCGGAAGUAUGCGGUCGAAAUUCUGUACUCGCUGCUGCGCAGCAUCAACACCAACAUUGAAACGCGCCAGGAAAAGUCGGCCAUCCUCAAUCCGGUGCUACCCAACUUUAUGCAGCGGCUGAUAGAGGGUUUAACCGCACCGAACGGUCCACACAGCAGCUUUCCGCUGAAAACACAAAUCAUUAAAAUUCUAAAGUACAUGAUUUCCGACAUGUCCAAGUUUGUGCAACCGUACGUCGGUACCAUCCUGCCCACGAUCUGGCAGCUGCUGACGCAACUGGCCGACUUUUACGUGAAGGUCGUGGUGAACGAAAUCGAAGCCGCUCCAUUCAACGGCCCCGACCAGGACGAGGACGUGGUGGAUGAUUUUGUGCAGAUGAUAUUGCAAAUCUUCGAAUUUGUGCACACGAUCAUCGAAAUGAAGAAGUACAAGGCGGCCAUCAUGAAUGUGCUGACCGAUCUGGUGUACAUUACCGUGCUUUACAUGCAAAUCACCGAAGACCAGGCCCGCCAGUGGGUCGAAGAUCCGGAAAAGUUUGUCGACGAUGAGGACGAGCAGGGCGUCGAGUUUACGAUACGCGUGACGGCGCACGACGUGCUGCUGAUCGUGGGCCGCGAGUAUGAGAAGCAACUGCUGCCCUGCUUUACGGAAGCGCUCGGGAAGCACAGUGCCGUCGCGGAGGUGGACCGCAACGCGGGCAAUCCGCACUGGUGGAAGAUACACGAAUCGUCCAUGCUGGCGGUCGGUUCGUUUAAGGAUAUGAUCGUCGAAAAUCCGGCCAGCUUCGAUAUGGGGCAAUAUUUGGCGCUUCUCAAGAUGCUGAUGGAGAGUCACGCGUCGCCGUACCUGCUCGGGCGCUGCCUGUGGCUGUUGAGCCGGUUCUGCGAGUGUGACAUUCUACGGCAGCCGUUCAUGGAGCAGAUUGUGAACGUCACGGUGGACAGCUUGUCGGUGGAUAAGCCGACUGUGCUGCGAAUAAUGGCGGCACGCGCCAUUUAUGGGUUCUGCAGCAAUUUGAAAGGCAACAAGGACGAACGCCACGUGCUGAUACUGUCCAAGCUGGAACACUUCUUCGACGGGCUGGUUGGCCUGUUUGAACAGUCUCAAAACACGGUGCUGGGGCUGCUGCUGGAGGCAUUAAGUGCAACCAUUUCGUUCGAUGUGAACGUUACGGCCACGCUAUGCGCGAAGGUGAUCAACGUCACCAUGACCGUCUUCCAGAAGUACCAUGACGAUCGGUUUCUGCUCGAGAUGGUGCAGGACGUGCUGAAAAUUCUGUCCCAAAACCCGUUCUGUUUGCUGCCGCUGCAGGACCGCAUCAUCCCGACGCUUGUUACCAUCCUGAACCAGGACCAGCCGGCGAGCGAUCAUCAAACGCUCUCGCCCGAAAUAGCGCUGGACGUGCUGCAAACGCUCGUGAAGUACGCGCAAGCCCCGCUCAGCGACGCCAUGAUCGAGAGCGCCUUUCCGUCCGCGGUGCACUGUAUUCUGCGCGCCGAAGAUCACUCCGUCAUGCAGGCCGGCGGUGAGUGUUUGCGGUCGUUCCUGGCGGUCUCGCCGGAGCAGAUCUGUCGGUACAAGAAUGGCGAGGGAUUGAACUACGUGCUGCAGGUGACCACCAUGCUGCUCAACCCGAUGAACACCGAGUCGACCGCGUCGUUCAUUGGCCGGCUGGUGAUUACGAUCAUUACCAAGGUGGGCAAUCUGUUGGGCGAUUCGGUCGACCUGCUGCUGAAAGCGGUGCUCAGCAAGAUGCAGCUGGUGAAGAGCUUGAACGUGAUCAUGAGCUUGGUCACCAUCUUCGCGCACCUGAUGCUGCUCCAGCUGGAUGCGGUCAUGAACUUUCUUAGCACCGUGCCCGGCCCGACGGGCGAAACGGCCAUGAGCUUCGUGCUGGCGAACUGGCUCAGCCGGCAGCAUCUGUUCUACGGCCAGUACGAGCGAAAGGUGACGACGCUAGCGCUGUGCAAGCUGUUCGAGCACGGUGUCACCACGAAGGACGAUCGGUUGAACACGGUCAUGAUAAAGGAGCAGGUACCGGCCGGGGCAGCGGGGGCAGCCGCCGGGACCGGUAACACGGUGGGCAACAGUAAUACGGCCGCACGCCGCACCCGAUCAGCCACGGCGAAAACGCCGACCGUGUGGGUUGAUACGCCGGUGCUGGUGAAGAUUUUUAAGCUGUUGCUGCACGAACUGGCCAGCUUGCGGGAGGCAAAGGAGGCGCACGGCAAGAAUCAGGACAGCGGCGACGAGGGCCACAGUUCGAGCGAUGAGGACGACGCGGACGACGCAAGUGUGGGCGGCGAUGGGGGCAAGAUAUCGUUCCUGACGCUGCUAACUCAGCUGGAGGAAGGUUCGGUGGACGAUGAUGAGGAGGAGGACGAAGACGAUCGACAGUUGAUGGCGGAGCUGAUGAACGAUCCCAUCUUCCAGUGCGACACGAUGGAGUAUCUGAUCAAGUUUAUCGAAAGCUUUAGUCAGCACGAGAAUUUCCUUGCAUUUUUGGAGAAAAUUGACGACACGGAGAAGAAGAUCCUGAAGACGUUCAACAUUGCUUCGAUGUAAAAGAACAAAAAAAAAAACCCGGGUCGUCCUCCAGCAAGGCGUACAACGUCUCAAAAUUCGAACGAGAAGACCGACGCGCAUCACAGCAACACAGAAACGCAUGCUUUUCAUCAUCCAUGUGAUUCCAAUGUCGAAAAUAUACUUCAUUUGCGUAGCAAUCACAGCACACGGCUGGAAGAAGCUAUACAACCCAA